CGCUGACCGGCGUGCUGCUCAGCCCCGAGAAUGGCGUGUCGCAGCCGGAGACCGGAGCACAGCGGUCCCCCGGAGCUGUUUUACGACCAGAAUGAAGCCCGGAAAUACGUUCGCAAGUGAGCAGAGCCUGGAUAUUGCGCGGCAUCGGGGGACGGGAACCCGCAAGUUACUCCGAUUGCGGGCACUUAGCAUGGAAAGCAUGUAGAAAUUGGUGUUGGGCCAAAGGAGGGACCUGGACUAAUGUUCUUUCUGCCCCUGGUUAAGGAGCUUUGAACCGGAGAGCCGAGCAGUCAAGUAGGGUCUCACGGAUGAUUGAUAUCCAGACCAAGAUGACGGGGCGAGCCUUAGAGCUCCUUUGUCUUCCUGAGGGUCAGCCCUGCUAUCUGUUGGAUAUUGGCUGUGGGUCUGGACUGAGUGGAGAUUAUCUCUCGGAGGAGGGGCACUAUUGGGUGGGCAUUGACAUCAGCCCGGCCAUGCUAGAUGCAGCCUUGGACCGUGACACAGAGGGAGACCUGCUUCUGGGGGACAUGGGCCAGGGAAUCCCUUUUAGACCAGGUUCCUUUGAUGGUUGUAUCAGCAUCUCUGCUGUCCAGUGGCUCUGUAAUGCCAACAGGAAAUCCGACAUCCCUGCCAAGCGCCUCUACUGCUUUUUUUCUUCUCUUUAUUCCGCUCUUGUCCAAGGGGCCCGAGCUGUCCUGCAGCUGUAUCCUGAAAACUCAGAGCAGUUGGAGCUGAUCACGACCCAAGCCACCAGGGCUGGCUUCACUGGUGGUGUGGUGGUGGACUACCCCAAUAGUGCCAAAGCAAAGAAGUUCUACCUCUGCCUGUUUUCUGGGCCUUCGACCUUUCUUCCAAAGGGGCUGACUGAAAAUCAGGAUGCAAAGCAGGCCACUGAGUCUCCAUUCACUAAUGAGAGAGUUCCAUACAAGAGGGCGCGACGGAGUGUGGUGAGGAAGAGCCGCGAGUGGGUGCUGGAGAAGAAGGAGCGGCGCAGGCGCCAGGGCAAGGAGGUCAGACCCGACACUCAGUAUACUGGCCGCAAGCGCAAGCCCCGCUUCUGAGCCGAGCCGUGUCCAGUCCAGUGGGACAGCCCUACGGUCACCCCAGGAUGGGAGCUGUGCCGUCCCGCCCAGGUUCCUGCCUCUAGGGACUCUUCUGUGUUGAUGCUUCUGUGGUACUUUAGAGAAGUUCUAAAGUCCCCAAAGUAUCUUUUCCACUACAAAUUUCCAAGGACAUUUUAUUUUGUGAAAGGAAUAAAUGACUUUGUGGGGA